ACCACGUUGUUUCGCUGUUAAGACUUUAAGACUGUGGGUUGAAGAAGUGAAGCAUCGGGUCUGCCCAAAGUUCCAUUCGCAUGCUUCGUGUCUCUGGUUUCACAUCUCUCUCUCUCUGAUAUGUUUGGGUUCUCUUUUCGUUUUUUUUUUUGGGGCGAGAUCAGAUGGCCGAUGGGAACAUGCACCCGCAGUCGCGGUACGUGAAAUUGACGAAGGAUCAAGCACCACUGGAAGAAAUCACUCCGGGAGAGCUCAACCAGCCAAUUCAAGUCCCUCAGUUAAUCGUUCAUAAAUGUAAUGAAUGUGGUCAACCACUGCCUGAAAGCUACCAGCCACCUGCUGAUGAAGAUUGGACAACUGGGAUUUGUGGCUGUGCUGAAGAUACUGAAAGUUGUUGGACUGGACUCUUCUGCCCAUGUGUAUUGUUUGGGCGUAAUGUUGAAGCUUUGCAAGAAAUUCCGUGGACCAAUGCAUGCGUUUGUCAUGGCAUGUGUGUUGAGGGUGGACUUGCACUUGCAGCAGCAACAGCUCUCUUACAUGGUAUUGAUCCUAAGACAUCAUUUCUCAUUUGUGAGGGCCUGUUUUUUGGUUGGUGGAUGUGUGGCAUCUACACUGGUCUAUUUCGACAAUCAUUGCAAAAGAGAUAUCAUCUCAAGACCUCACCAUGCGACCCCUGCCUGGUGCACUGCUGCAUGCAUUGGUGUGCCAUAUGUCAGGAGCACAGGGAGAUGAAGAACCAUUUAUCUGAUAAUGCUGCUGUGGCCAUGACCGUUGUUAAUCCUCCACCAGUUCAAGAAAUGAACGCUGGUGAGGAGUCUGUGCCAUCCGCCCCCGAAAAUGGAGAACAAAGCAAUUUGGAAAUUCAGCCUUUGUAGUGUUUUCAAUUAUUUUAUACAGGACCCCAAAGAAAUUUCCUUCCGUCAUUUCUAUUUCUGUUUCUGGGUCAAGUGGAUCAACAUGCACAGAGCCUUACAUCAAAGUGCUUUAUUUAUUUAAUUUUUCUUGGUGUUUAAAGAAUAUUAUACAUCAACAUUACUGGAUUGCCAUGAUAGCAACAAUAUUAGCCAGAUGAUUCUGAAUAUCAAUUAAUCAAACAACACGUUAUCUACAAGAUAACAUGAUGUUUGGUGAAUGGGACAGUUAGAGCCAA